UGUGAUAAGAACUGCAAAUGUUACUCUACCUAUUUUAACUGCAACUUCUAAUAGAGUUGUCACUUCAGAUAUCAAAACAACAGCUUCAGCUUCAAAGUCAACACCAAAAGUUGGUUUGAAAACAGUGGUGAUUAAACGUAAGUCAUCGGGUGAAAUGACUGUAAUGACUUUGAAUGAAAAUUCAUCAGCUGAGGUACCUGAAGCAAACUCUAAAUUAAAAUAUAACAAAUCUUCAGUUUCUUUUCUAAGUGUAACAGCAGCAAAAUCAUCAAGGGCCCCUGUUAUGCACAGUCAUUCAAUAUGUACAAAAAAUAUGGAGAAGAAACGAGGCUGGAUACCGGUCAGGAAUGCUCCUGGGGUAAUGGAAUAUCGGAAAGCUCCACAUCACAGACAGUUUAGUGUUGGUAGUGCUCAGAGGAGUGAUGCAGUAGGAAAGGUAAAUACCUAUCCACAACUAAAAUUUCCUUAUGUUCAUAGUAGUAUGAUGCAAACAUCUGGAAUUUCACAGGUAACUUCUGCAAAAUCUGUGUCAGGACAAACACUUUUAAAUUGUAUGCAAACUCAGUCUGGCAGUUCUUUGUUACUAAAAAACAAUCAAAAUCUUUUUAACCAAAAAACUGGAACAGCCAAAAAAUCUGAAAAUAUAUCUAAAUCUACAAAAGGAACAAUAAUAUUGCUUCGUGAAGAUGUUGUACGUGAUUCUGCAAAUGCAUUUCAGACUGUCCUUCAAGAACAGAAAUCUUCAAGUGCAUGGAAAACUUGUCCUCAGAAACUUACAUGUGUACAAAAAAACAGUAUUAAGUCCAAUGAGUGUUCACAUUCACAGUUACCUUGCUUGCAUUCUGUGUCUCACUACACUCUAGAUAGGUCAAUAGAUGCUGAAUUGAAAGAGUCAAACCUUGAGUUAAAUACUGCAGAAGUGAACAAAAAUGAAAACUAUUCCAACUGAUAGUUUGUUGAGUACUGAAACAUUCUCAAGCAGCAGUCGCCAACAAGCCAGUGAUUCCAUGAGUCACCAUGAAAGGGAGUUCCAGCCUCUUGUAGAACAGAGCAAGGAUGCAAGUCCUUCUUCGACCAAACCACAAAGGAAAGUUAAUACUGUAGGAAACUCUGAAUUUCAGGUUAAAUCUCAUGGUAUGAAGAGAGUAAUGGACACAAGAAAGGCUGUUAAAUGUAUGAGAUAUACACAUGUGAGUAAAUCAACAGGAGACACUUUGAUAAAAGAUAUUCAUGACAGUUGAAGGACAACACUACCUUCUGUGAACUCUGCUCGUGAGAACAGAAACCAGGCCUCUGCACUCGCAGUAGUCACUCCUUUACUCUAGUGUACAUCAGGCAUAUAGGUCUGCACGGCAAUCAGAUGCAAGAAGCAUGUCAACUCCAUUAUUUAAACGUUCUUCAUUAUAUGAAAAUACAGCACCUUUGGGUUGAAAAGAAGUAAGGUUGUGUGACACUUUAUGUGGCUAGUUGAAACAGAUUUUCAACUUGAUCUGGCAACAAAGAUGGUAGUAGUUGUUCCCAGUACUACAGAAAGAGGUGUGUACAUAGUCAAGAGUGUGGUGCUCUUAAAAAAUGGUUAUUUUGAACUAAGUGUUUCUGUCCUUAAUCAUGGGACAAGUGUACAGCAUGGUUUUAGAGAUCUAAAUUUGAGAUUUCAAAUCUUCAAUCAAAUGUAUGAAAAGAAAAUAUCACUUAAAAGAAUUGACCAUGAUUUUAUCUUUGCAUAAAAAAAUUCAUGUAUGUAUAUUUGUCACUGUAAAAGUGUAUCAUUCUGGUAGCAGUUAAAAACUGAACUGUUAACUUCUACAGCUUUGUACUGAGAAUACAUAAUUUGUAAUUGUGGUGCCCUUGAAAUGACUAAUAAUUACCGUAGAAGUUUUAUUUGAUGUGGAAAUCUGUGCUUUCACGCUAAUUUUGUGAAGAUUAAAUAAAACAUUCUGAUAUUAAUUUCAAAUUCACCAAAGAUCCUCUCAUUUAGAACAAGUGAAACGUGUUAGUGGAAUUACAUAGGUAUAAAAAAAAAUGAAAUUUGUAUUCAAAUUGAAGUCCCAUUGCUAAAUAAACCUAAAAAUUGUGUUCA